UGCUUCCUGAAGUUUUUUUGAAGCCUCGUGAGUUAUUCGAGCCGAAGAAAGACUUUCGACACCGGCGUCCAACCAGGCAGGGCGUUUAUCCUCAAAUCCAAGGUGAUGCACACAGACCGCUCACCGCUUCUGGCUGAGGUUGAGCCGUUCGACGGCGAAGGAACUGAAGCGAACCUCCAACAGCCUUCCUCCCCCACGCUACAACAGACGGCAUCGGUGGCCAGUGAAAGUGUAGACGCGGCCGGUAUCCAGGUCGGCGAUGGCCUGCUUGAUUCCGGAUCCAUACACGGCGGUCCAGGGGGCAGAAGUGGCACAGAUAACGCUUUUCGGGACGCUCCGAGCCCCUCUUCUCGAUCAGUGGCUCCUCUUAUGGAAGCAGAAGGUGAUCGAGCAUCUCCGAGGCGCCGUCCACAAGAAUGGCGUAGGCGUAUCUCGCACAUCUUCUCCCUCUCGCGCUACUCGCCAACGCUCCUGCUCAUCACGCUGCUCAACCUGACCGUGAUGCUCCUGCUGCUGCUCUUCUGGCGCCAGAAAAUUGUCGACCAUUCGUCGAAGUACCUUUGAGCUACUGGAUUCAACCUCUAUUUAUGUGUGUCUCGUUUGUCGGCGUGAAGAAACGCCUCUUGUGCUAUAGCAGAAUAAUGGGAAGCCUUAAUAUUUGCAGACGAGUUGCAAGUGUAGUUAUACGAGUAUUUGCAAAAUUAC